CCCAAGAUCUGCCAGAUUUGUGACGAGCAAAUUCCUGCAGACGAUUUUCGACAACAUCAAAAGGCCGAACAUCAGAUCCAGGAAUGCCCCUUCUGCGAAAAGUCAGGGAGUGACCUCCUCCAUCAUAUCCACAAUCAUCACCCUUUAGCCGAGACAAGCGCGAAAAGUGCAAACCAAAAUAACACGGCACUUGAUCUCCGCAAAGGGGCUUGUGAAGCCGAUGCUGGGCUGGUUAUACCGAAUCCUGCCUCUCAACCAGCGCAAGACAAGCCUUGGGGUAUUUACAAUCUACUAAACAAUGUGCGAGAAUCUUCAAAGCAAAGCUUGUCAGCGCCCUCUCAUCCAGCGAUCACUUCAUCUGCAACCAAUAUUGUAGGGUCGAUUGGAGAUGUUAUACUGGAAACUCGGAGUCGACAAGGCGUACGUAACGCCAGGGCCACAACACCCAUCCGUGAUCAGGUGAAUGUCUCAUCGGAAGAGGAAGAUAUGAACGUAUCAUCUCGACAAGUAGGACUACCUGAGGGAGCUCACUCUAAUCGGCGGUCUGAACGAUUACACACAUCACCAGGAUGUGUAACGAAGCGCAACUUUGCCGAAAGUCAUGCCACACCCGCUAGCAAGCGUCGCAAAAAGGUUGAUAUAAAGCAACUGGCUACCCACAUUGGAAGUGAAGAAACCAAGCUUGGAUUUCGUGCCCUUAUUCAAUCAUGUCUUACCAAUACAGAAACGGCCACGCCCGCAUUCCCCGCUACACCGGACCCUGCACCGGACCCUUUGCAACUGGCCUCAAAACUUAGCGAAAAAGCGGCAAGCCAUGAAAAGGCGAUUGGUAUGCAUCGGCUGUAUCAAUACAUCAGCCUAUUGGAGUUGGCCAAGGUUCUCCAUGACUCCAAACAUGGACGCAUUCGAGUCAGCUCAGAUGAAUACGAUGGGAUCUUGAGGUUGCAAAACAAGGAAAACAACAAAAGAAACAAAGAUAAACUUGCAGACCAAAUCAGGCUUGGGCGCAAAAUCUGGAAGAUUUGCGCAAUGGACAUCGGUGAGAAGUACUUAGGGGCACUUCCGUUUCUUGUUGUCGCAGUGAAAACAGAAGAUAUUCUCAAGGUCACCGACGAUAUGUUGCCAUCUCUGAAUGUCUUGCUCUCCCGUUAUAUCCAUUUAUGGACGAACGGAAAGAUGCUGGUCGACUACAUUAGGCGGGGCUGUUGUCCCGAGGGUCGAAAGGCGAUUGAGGAUAUUCUUCUAAACUACCCGACCAAAGCCAGGCGCUGGAUCCAGCACUGGGGAUUUGCAAAAUUGGCAGGUGUUGGUUCAGAAGAUAAGGUGCGGCUUCCAUGUGUUUCAGCUACGUAUCAAGCAGCAGUGGUAACACUAGGAGAAGGCGUAGUUAUUCGGAAGAACCUUAGGGCCUCGGAGCUCCAAGUUACCCGGGCAGGUAACAUCUUCCUGAGUCGCGAAGGAGUUAGCCUGGAGGGGGCAGAAGAGGAUUGGAGAAGAGCUGGGGCGCAACACGGGAAGGCCUUUUGA